CAUAGAGCUCAGUCAUUGUCCAAACACCAUGUGAGUCUAAUGGGACAUACAGGUGAUUGUUGUUCUGUGCUGGUGAUGAAGCAAACACCAAGUUCCAAGAUCCAGCAUGUCCCCAGAGAUUAUUGUGAGGAAAAAGGAGAUACAGCUACACAGUGAUAUUGAUCUGGUUAUCUCACCUAAAAUCUCUGGCUGAAAGUGAAUAAAGUUGUUGAACUAUUCUAUCAAAUUUGGUUGAUUACAAAUAUGUAUUGAGGCUGUUUCAUGCUUGAAAAUACUGUCAAAUUGUCAGCCCUCACUAAAUGACAUGAUACACACAAAGAUGACACUGUUUCUAUUUGAUGGACUUGGAAUACAUGUUAUCUUGGGUGGCACUGAAAGCACUCAGGAUAGGUUGAUCAGGCUUGCCAACUGUAUCACCCACAAAAGGAGCUCAGGUCCACUCUGACAACAAUGCAGCUGGUCAUCCUUGUGUGCCAUCUUGUCCUCAUUUUGAGGACAGAGGCCCAGAUUCCAGAUCCCUGUAUUCUCAGCAAUACAAACAGACCUCCAGAGAACUCGGACAUCACUGUGGUCUGUGGCACAGAGUACAUGGACCUGAGCAUCUACAUUUGCCCAGUGUACCAGGCUCUUUACAAUGAGUCUCUCAUGGUCCUCAAUAAUCAGUACAACAAACCCGAGUGUUUCGGGAUGGCCGACUGGUCCGUGACCCCACCAGUCUUAAAAUUCAGAUUCCCGAUAAAUGAAAGUGCUAUCAUAUCCUGCAACAACAACUUCAAGAUAAUCGAUCAUGUUGGGACCGGACUUUUUGCUGACUUCUCAAACGUGCAAUCCGUCAACAUCUCCGGCACCAUCACCUCCAUGGACCCCUCUGCAGGUACGAUCACCUACCGGCCACAGAUCCUGUACAAGUUCUCCUGCCUCUACCCGAUGCAGUACCUCCUGAACAACACCAAACUGGGCGUAUCUGGUGUGAAUCUAGCCAUAAGAGACAACAACGGGAGCUUCAUCAGCACACUGAGUAUGCGGCUCUACAAAGACGGACUGUACAAAGAACGUCUUACCAUCCCAGAAACAGGACUCAACUUGAAGACCAAGAUUUAUGUUGCAGUUGUGGCCACCAAUUUAACAGGGAGGUUCAACGUGCUACUGGACAGAUGCUACGCAACAACCAGCCCAUAUCCCACCCCCAGCACCUUCUAUGACCUUUUUGUAGGGUGUACACGUGACCCACAAACUAAGGUGGAGCUCAACGGGGCGUCUCAGGUGGCGCACUUCUCCUUCGAGGCCUUCAGAUUCGUGGAGCACAAAAACCAGACAGUCUCCACCUUCUACCUGCACUGCAUCACCCGACUGUGUGAGGUGUCCUCGUGUAGCCGAUUAUUGCCUGACUGUAGCAAAAGGAGAAAGAGAGAAGUCCAGGAAGUGUCGGAAAAUGCUACAAUCACCUCGCCCGCCAUUUCUGUGGGAAAACAGACCACUGAAGAUGCUCAGACUUUCUCUGCUUCUUACGGUUUGCCAUCUGAGAGCAACUACAGCAGCCCGGUGGUGGCUGUGAUCAUCUGCAUCAUCAUCCUGGCUAUUGUCCUCGUCUCCAUGGCAACCUACUUUGUGUUGUACAUCAGACAGAAAAAAGUGAUCAUUCAGUAACCGCGCCUGCCUGAGAGUGGAGUCCCUCUAUACCAAGCUUCCAGUUUAACUUCACCAUCUACAACGCAUGGCAAUUAUAGUACACUGAGUCGUGAGAAACAAUAGUCAGAUGUCUCACACUGUCAUUCUACUAUCUAGAUUUCUGUUUCACACACAACAUUAUAACAAGGUGGUCGUUAACAACUUUAUAAUCAAUCUGAAUCACAUAGUUGAAUUGCGAUGAGGGCACAGAAUCUGUACAAAAAUUGUGUAUUAUAAUUAAGUAUUAGUUUUCAUCCUGUUGUCAGAGUCCUGUUGAAGUAUUAAAUGAAUGGUUUAAUAAUUUGUAAUUAGUCAGAGAUGGUGUAUGUUUAAAAUGUUUGCAAUGACAGUAAUGGAAAAAGUACUUGUGCUUUAUUCUUUCGUAAAACACACCAUUAAAGCAAACAUUAAAAUUU